GCCUCUCCGCCCUCCCGCCGUCCCUCCCGGCGGCAAGCUCCGCCGGCGCCGGCGGAGCAGCAGCGGAGCGAGGGGCGGCCGGGGCGCUGCCCCUUCCCGCCGCCGGGGCGUGCGGGCAUCGCCGGGGGUUGCGCGGAGCGCGGAGCGGAGCCCGGCGCCGCCUCCAUGUUCCAGCUGCCCAUCCUCAAUUUCAGCCCGCAGCAGGUGGCCGGGGUAUGCGAGACCCUGGAGGAGAGCGGGGACAUCGAGCGCCUGGGGCGCUUCCUCUGGUCCCUGCCCGUGGCCCCCGCGGCCUGCGAGGCGCUCAACAAGAACGAGUCGGUGCUGAGAGCCCGGGCCAUCGUGGCCUUCCACACGGGGAACUACCGGGAGCUCUACCACAUCCUGGAGAACCACAAGUUCACCAAGGAGUCCCACACCAAACUGCAAGCCCUCUGGCUGGAAGCGCACUACCAGGAGGCGGAGAAGCUGCGGGGUCGACCCCUGGGGCCGGUGGACAAGUACCGGGUGAGGAAGAAGUUCCCGCUGCCCCGCACCAUCUGGGACGGCGAGCAGAAGACACAUUGCUUCAAGGAGCGGACGAGGCAUUUGCUGCGGGAGUGGUACCUGCAGGACCCUUACCCCAACCCCAGCAAAAAGCGGGAACUGGCUCAGGCCACGGGACUUACUCCCACGCAAGUGGGCAACUGGUUCAAAAACCGCAGGCAAAGGGACAGGGCAGCAGCCGCUAAGAACAGGUGACUUGUAGAGCAUGUGCAGGACGAAACUGUAUGAAGCAGCCUAAAACCAUAAUAAAAUAUUUGGUGAACGACCCUCGCAUCUGCUUUGAAAUGACGGUGUCGGUC